AUGCCAACCAUGCUCGAACGCCAAAGCGAAAUGCGAUCGCAAGCUGCACAUGCACUCGACUUCUCACAUGUCGAUCUCGUGUGUCCCAUUAACGCGAAUGACAUCCAAAACCGCUGGCUCAAACCUUACAUUGUAGCUGUCCGCGGGCAGACGGCCAAAACGCUUUCCCCGAGCAUCACAGCCUUCACAUACAGAAUCCUCAAAUCGUACGCGGCUAUUGCGGUUCGAGGCGGCCAUGAUAGCAUCCCGCCAUUUCUACACCCAGUUCAUGUGCUUCACACAUUACCGAACACACCAGCGCUCUCGACUUGCUUAAGCCUGAUUCGGAGCUGCGAAAAGCCGCUGCCUGGCAGCGAAGGAGUCCUUGCCGAGGUUUUGCAGCGCGAGAUGAACAAGCUCUACGAGCAAUACGGCACUCAAACUUGCGAUGAUGAUGAUGAUGAUGAUUCGGCUGCGCUGCUUGCGGCAUUCCAGGCUUACUUGGUGUACACCUUGGUUUUGUACUAUCGACUCCAUGUCGGCCGGGAUGCUGCGGACUACCCCUUCCUCCGACUACAACAAGCAAUGAUGCAUCUCCAGGAGAUUGCAUGCGCCUGUUCGGCGCGGGGGCUAGUGUGCUCGACCGAACAAGACGGAGCACAAGGAGCCCGGCCAAGGUGGGAAACGUGGAUCGUGGCCGAGACGAAACGGCGAACGCUCUACACCAUGUAUCUUUUGGACAACAUGCUCACUGCUAAAGAGGGUCUUCCGACUUUUCUUGGCACCGAGUUGCGAGGAUUACCGGCGCCAGCAAGCAAAGCUCUGUGGCAGGCAUCAGCUCGGGAUGAGUGGGAAAAGGCAUAUAACUUGCACUUGGCCGAGUGGUACCCUGAGGGUGGUGGCCUUUGCAUCGAUGAGCUUUGGGCAGUUCCAGCAGACAUGGAUGAGGCGGGCUUGGUUGAAAGGCGCAGGAGAGUGGACCAGUGGUUGGAGGGUGUCGAUGAGUUUGGGACAAUGAUGUAUGCGGUGACGAGUUGCACGCAUGGAGGCUAA